CCUAUGUCUAAGAGUUCUUUCCCUUUGCUCUUUUGACAGAUCACACGUGUGGGCCGGCAAUCAGUUGAAAAAUGUACAAAGUAGACACUUUUUAUAACAAUGAUGAACAAACAUCUAUUCCCGAUGUCAUGUACUCUUGUCGAAACUACCAUAACCAGAAUGACGAGAUCCCAAAUGCAGAAUCUGAUCCAUUAGCAGCCUUGGAAAGAAAACAAAAUGAAAUUUUCAGCAGAUUGCAGUGCCUAAGAGAUACAGUUAAACAGCUGAGUACCAAAUACACAAUGUCUACAGCUAUGACAUCAUCAAAAACUGCUGUGACAUCAUCAAAAUCUGUGCAGGGAACAUCAUCAGACCAAUCCAGUGUACCAUUGUUAUCACAGCAAAAACUUAACCUGGGAGAUGUUAUCCAUGACUUAGUAGUGAGUGCUGACCCAGACAGUCCACCUCUGUCACUACUUGUGUUGUAUAGAGUGGCUAGUGAAAUGUUUAAAGUGUUUGCCACAUCCUAUGUCCACUCCAGUGUUGUUGGCAUGCCACAGAAUCUACGUGAAGUCUUCCAGAAUGGUGGCUGUACAAAUAGAGACGGAAAUGAAGUGGCUUUUACUCUUUUAUGGAAGAAAGUUCAGAAUGGCCCAACUUUAAUGGUUAAUCCCCACAAGCAAACAGUUAUAGAAGGAGAAUCUAAUAUUGCUCGAUAUAUACAAAGACUUAUAAAUCCAGAUUUUGACAAAUGUGUUGUGGGAGCAACCAGGAUUGACGAAUGGCUUGAUCUGGCAGAGCAGUACGUUAGAGGAAAUAAAAAAGAAAAUGCUGCAGUUCUGAAAUCUUUAAAUUCAAAAUUAGGAUCUGCUGAAUGGUUAGUAGGAAAUGCAUUGUCAUUGGCUGACAUUGUCAUGUGGUCUGUCAUCAACCAAUCCAAAGGCCAGAAAGAUUCCCCAUCAAAUGUUAAGAACUGGUUACAACGAUGUGAUAGAAAUCCUUAUUUUGAAUUGGCAAAUGGUGCCUUGUGAUAUUCAUAUGAAGAAAUUGAAGUAUAAUUUUUCUCAGAAUACAUUGCCAGAAUCAUGAAAUGUCACCUUCAAAUGGUUUUAUUUGAUUAAUGGUGUAAAAAAUGCAAAUAAAUUAUUUAUUCAUA